UGAAGGCACCAGUGGCACCACGCAUUGAAUAAAGAACUAAAAAUAUCCAAGUGGAAACCGGCGCGAAAACUUAGUAUAUCGCUAGAGGUGAUAUUGAUUGCAUGUGUGUUGUACUUCUGACUUUUAAAACGGAAUUAUUUCACUACUAUAUAAUUCCUAAAUGAGUGAUAUCCACGACGACCCAUCUAAACUUGGUGACAUGGAGACGGAAAGACCCGAAUCGGUAGCUUUAUCAGUAUCCGUGAUUUCUGAUGACAGCAAGCAAGAUGAACAGUUAAAAAAGAAAAGGAAGAGCAAGAAAAAGCCUGAUGCCUAUAAAUCUAGGAAAAGAUCACGGUCUACGAAACCUGCUGCCAAGUCAGAGGAGUAUGAAGUAGAAAUGAUCAUUGACCACAAAACUGAUGAAGAGGGUCAUGAGUUUUACCUGGUUCACUGGAAAGGGUGGUCUGAUGAUGAUGAUUCUUGGGUUCCUGUGGAAGAUUGUGAAUGCCCUGCACUAAUUGCUGAAUUUUAUCAGCGUAAUCCUGAUAAGAACCCGAAUGCUGUUGAAAAUAAAGAGAAAAAUACUGCUGAAUCUGCUCAACUUCAAAGUUACAUUGAAGGAAUUCUGAAACCAGCAAAUGAAGAUAUUGAUCUAGCCAUCCAGCUUGUGUGUAGUGCAACAGAUAGACAUAAACUAAAUGGGUUUAAAAUCCAUUUUUCAAAUGAAGAAAUCAACAAAUAUGCAUUCAUGGUGUACAGAAAGAAACAGAAACUGUUACAGAUGGAGAAGAACUUGAUGAUGCAGCUGCUUACCAGAGAUUUCCGCCAACGACGAGUUGAUCAACUCGUACGCUUGAAAGAAUGGGAAGACGAAAUCAACGAAGCCACACAGGGAAAACCCCCAGUCAAGAUAGAAAACAACGUCGAUUUGGAUGAACCUCCUGUCGGCUUCACUUAUGUUACUCAAUGCAAGGCUGGUGAUGGCGUAGUCAUUCCUGACGAUCCUGUUAUUGGAUGUGAAUGUCUCGAUUGUAUCGAUGGAAGAAAGACUUGCUGUGGUCCAAUGUCUGGAACACAGUCGGCGUACACCAAAGCAGGUCGUCUUAAGGUCCCUGUAGGCACGCCCAUUUAUGAAUGUAAUAGUCGGUGCAAGUGUGGACCAGAGUGUCCAAAUAGAGUAGUUCAACGGGGAUCAAAGUUGAAACUCUGCAUUUUUCGCACUAGCAACGGCUGUGGAUGGGGUGUUAAAACACUCGAAACAAUCCGCAAAAAUAGUUUCGUUAUUGAGUAUGUCGGCGAAAUUAUUACUAACGAAGAAGCUGAGAAGCGUGGAGUUCAGUAUGAUUCUGAAGGAAGAACAUAUCUUUUUGACUUGGAUUUCAAUGAUAUUGAUUGCGUAUACUCAGUCGAUGCUGCUCAUCAGGGCAAUGUUGCACAUUUUAUCAAUCAUUCGUGUGAUCCAAAUUUAGCCGUUUUCGCUAUGUGGGCAAAUUGCAUGGACCCCAAUAUGCCCCGACUUGCACUCUUUGCCCAAAGAGACAUUCAUGUCGGAGAAGAACUUACGUUUGACUAUGCAUCGUCCAAGACGGAAAACCCUCAGGAAAAAACUGCUGCAAACUCAGUUGCCAAAGAAGUCACAGUAAAAAAUGAAUGUCGCUGCGGGGCAGCCAAUUGCCGAAAGAUUAUGUUUUCACUGCCCGAAAACCAAGUAAUUGCCCCAUUUCUUAAGGUAGAUUGAGCACCUGUGUAGUCUUACACGUAACUGCAAGCUCUUUAUCUUCGGUUCCUUAUUUUUCUGCCUCAAUGGAAUUGGAGGAGAUGCCAAUAAUCUUUUAUCUCAAUUAACAUUUCUUACCAAGUUUUUUUUUGCACAAUUUUUUUCCUGGUUCUUCCCAAAAACUAGAAUUCACGCUUUCUCCAAAUCUAUUCUUGGCUCCCAAGUGCGUGUGAUGAAACGUGUUUAUGAAAUGGUGUCAAUUUCCUUGCUGAAAAAUUUUUGAACUGUAAGGAUUGAGAUAACUAGUAUUAAGUGUAUUCGUAUGCCGACUCCAAUAAAAAUAAAAGCAGAUGAUCAGA